AGAGGCCCUUACACUGAUGACUUGAAGUGAUGGGGGAGCUUUUUAUUACCAGUUUGUGCCACUUCUAAAGAUUCCUCCAGCAAAGCCACUUCACCAGUUCACAGGUUUAUCUGUCUGCUCAUGGUUGCCAUUGUGUUGCCAUGAGAACCUGGAGUUAAUUACUAUGAUUUACUUAUGAUUAGCGAGCUGAAGAGAGAUUUUUUCAUUACAUUACCACUUGCUGCCAGAGCUCAACCGUGGUUUCCAGGGAAACUGGAAAUGUGAAGCUUUUCAAUAGACACAGCCACAGCCAUAAAGAGCGAGGAUUGCCUAAGAUAGAUUCUUCUGGAGACAAACCUGUAGCCAGUGCAAUCAGAAUCAAUCAAACAGGGGAGCUGUACAGAAAGACGUCGGUAUCAAUCAGUGGUGAGAUUUGUUAUUUUUGAGACUAAUCUGAAGAGCAGUUGAGAAGAGGCUUCAGUCUGACUUCUGGCUGCUGAGGUUAUUCUACCACUUUAAUGCAGAGACAGAAUGGGAAGUCUUAAGGAUGAAAUGAGGGGUCUGAGAGAGGACUGCCAGCCUUGUGAGAAAACAGAUGAUGGAGGACAUCCAGUAGGCUCAGACUGCAGCGCUGCAGCUGAAGGACAUCCACUACACACAAGUCAAGAGUCAAUGACUCAAGAGGACUAUCAGCAAAAAAUAGACAUGAAUGUCAAUUCCGUUGAGAGGAGAGACAAAAACCUAAUGCCUAAAGAUCAAGUGCUUUCAGGAGUGGAUUGUGAUAACACUGCCCAAUGUGACUGCAACCAAGUUAAGAACUGUACACAGACUGAUGCCAUGCCUCUGACACCUCAAACUCAAGCUCAUGAAACAAUGACUUCACAAAAUGACACAACAAUCACUAUCAGCUUCCCAAGAGAUGAAGAUCCUGCAGAUAUAAACGUUCUUAAUACAGGAAAAGAAGCAGGUAUUGAGAAAAUCUUGGUUCCUGUGCCAUCAACUCCUGGCCCUUCUGACCCACGCUCACCAGCCCCUUUUGGGCAGCAGCACAUGCGCACACAGGUGAGCCUGGAGGUGGUCCAGUGCUGCUCAGCGGCCACCAGCCCCAUGACUCCUCCUGAGGGCAGCCAUUCCUUUUUCUUUCCAAGCACUUUUGGGAAAUCGGGAGCUACUAAUGCUGAUACCAAAGAUGCAGAGCUGCAGGUGGGUCAACAAGUGGAGUUCUGCUCAGUCGCCACGUCUCCCAUGACCCCAAAGACCCCAUCGACCACAGCUUUCCCAGAGCUCAUUGGGACAGAAACAGUGCAGAAGGAGGAGCAAGAGAAAAAGAGAGACAAGCAGAAGGAAAGUGUUCAACAAGAAGGUUUCACAGAAAUGAAAAGUCCAGCAGAGGUUGAGUUAGAAAUAACCAGAGCCUUUAAAUUUGCCACUUCAAAGGAGACGGCUGAAGGCUUCAGCUCAACCAUGUCCCUGGAGUGCUCUGAGAAUUGCCUGGCUGCUGAGGUGAAAGAUUCACAAGUGACACUGGAAGACAGGAAUCAGCAGGGUAAGCAGCAGAGAAUGGGGAGUUUGGAUCAAGAUAUUACAAUCUUGGUGACAGAUUAUGGCAAUAAUGAGGGGGAAGAGGAUGAAAAGCCUGAGUCAUAUUUUCAGUCCAUUGAACCGGAGAUGGGGAAAAUAGAUGAAUAUGAAGAAGUUGGAGAAAAUAACAGCAAUAUAAAGAGAGAGGAUGAAAAGGGAAAUACUGCCAUGGAAACUCCUGUUCCAGUACAGGACACAUCAAACAUGAGCUAUCCCCAAAGACAAGCAGAGGAUAUAAACGUGUGCGUGGAGGCUGAAGGUUCAGAUGUCACAAUAAACAAAGAUGCGUGUGAGAAGCUGACCAAAGUUUCUGUGACAAAACCUCCUGUUCCUGAAUCCCCAGCUCCCUUUGGCUGCCACAACAUCCGCACACAGGUGAGCCUGGAUGUGGUGCAGUGCCAGUCUGCAGCUACUAGCCCUAUGACUCCUCCUGAAGGGGAUCAAGCCUUCUACUUUCCCAGCUCAUUCGGGAAAUGCACGGCUGUAAGCGCAGAGACAAAAGAUGCUGAGUUGCAGGUGGGUACGCAGGUGGAGUUUCGCUCAGUUGCUACAGCACCCAUGACCCCAAGAACUCCAGUUGCUACAACCUUUCCUGAAAUCAAGAAGGAGCUUAGCAUAGAGGAGAAGAUAGUGGAGGUGGAGGAGGAUAAAAAGGAACAACUGAAGGAAGAAUGUAAAGAGGUGGAAGAGGACAAAGAGGAGGUUAUAAACUGUAAGGAAAAAAGUGAGGAGAAGUGUGAGGAGCCAGUGCAGGAGGUGAGCUGGGAUGAGAAAGGGAUGACGUGGGAGGUGUAUGGGGCUGUGGUGGAAGUAGCUGUGCUGGGCUCAGCCAUCCAGAAACACCUUGAGAAGCAGGUGUUGAAGCAAAAGAAGCAGUCCUCCAUGCCUCCCCCACCUCCGCUCAACCCCUCAGCCACACCUCUCACAUUAGAGGCAGCACAAGGGGGUUCAGGCAAGGGCCGUGCAGGGAAGAUUGGGAAGCGUGAUGGGAAGGUGAGAAGGCGUAGGAGAAAUCCCUUCCGCCUGCUGAUGGAAAACAUGCAGCAGCCACAUUGUUGCUCCAGAGCUCAUACCACUGAGUAACAGGAGAAAUGGCAGCAGCUGGCUGGAGUAAAUAAUCUGUGCUGGAGGAGCACAUCUGAAACACAGUAUGUGGCUGUGAUUUACAACAGCGUGACAUUGUGUUGACAGGGUGAGAAGCAAAUCGCCUCCUCACACAAGACAAAUAAGCACAAAAGCAUGCAGAGUUUGUACCAUGAAGCAUUAAUCACACAGAAACAGCCAUGCUGUUUUAAUUUAGUUGUUUUUUACUGCCUAAAAUUUCCUUUGGUGUCAAUUUGCACAGACUAACAGAGUAAUGGACUAAAUGUUGCAAAAGUGUCAUCAGCUCAGCUACUCUAAUGUUUUCAUAUUUAUUCGUCCAUUUAGUCAUUUUAGCCCCCGUUGCUUUUUAAUGCACUUCAGACAACAUAAAGCCAUGGCAACCAGCUCUCCUCCUGGUUGCCAACAAGCUUAGCACAUCUGCGACUGAGUGAGAUGACAGAUUUUGGACCUUGUGGUCUGUCGGUGCAGGGUAAAGGGGAUUUUGAUGGGAUGUAACACAAGUUUAAUUGCUUUAAAUGUUAACUUUUUGUGUGUAAGAGGAGUCUCAGUCAUUAUUGCAUUCUUUUUGUAUGUCAGAUAUGCUGGUCUUUGCUUCAACUCAGUUGUAUAAUGAAAAGUUUUAAUGUCAUAAUGACCCGUACAAUAAUCAGAAAAGUAAUGACUUUUGGUCAUUACUGCUUACUGUAUUUUGAUGCCACGAGAAGUGGUCCAGUUGUAAAUUGUGUGAUGAAAAUAGUUUUGAAACGUGUUUUAUUUGAGGUUUUGUUGCAGUGUCAGUGAUGUUGGUGUUCAUUACUCACAUUCAUUAAACUCCCUAAAGUCCACAUUUGAAGAAACAGAUUUUAUUCACAGAUUGCACUUGUGAUACAUUCAUUUAGUUGUCAGUAAACAAUGAAAUAAUCUUUUCAAGCAGCCACUUGCAUGAAUCCACAAAGACACUGCAUAAAUUCUUUUUUUCGGCAGCAAGUGCAUCAAACACAAUGCAAAUACAAACAAAUAAGAUUCUGGCUGACAUGCAUUUAUUACACACGGACACUACACAAUAUCCUUGUAAAUUCCUCUCUUUUAAAUUUACUUUCUAGUAGCAUUUGUUGAAAUACAAGUUAGCAUUUGUGUUGACAUUACUUAUAUACAGUUCAUUUAAAAAAAUGUUUUAAGACAUUGCUUAAUACGUUAACAGAAAUAAAGUGAUUUUCAUGUGCAACUAACAAUUG